AAAUCGAAUAUUUUAUUGCAUAUUUCAAUUUUAUUCGUAUUCGUUUGUUCGAUCAUAAAGUGGUGCCGUUGUCAAAAUGAAUGAUCAAUUAUACUUUAAAAUGAAAGAUUAACCAUUUUAACAUGAUUGUUAAAAAAAUUAUGUUUUCAAAAUUUAAAUGAAAUCUCUGAUAAAUGUUACAAUGCCUUUUUUAGAACUCGUUAAAACUUCAUACAUUAAGCAGAGAAUAGGGAGCUCGAAAAGAAAUGGUUUGCGUCAUGCCAUUUUUAGCCCUCAAAGCAAAGGACUUUUCAAAAGUCAUUACAUUGGCGAAUGGAAGGACGACAUAAGAGAAGGCAUAGGUAAAGAAGUGGACAGAGAUGGAUGGAUGUACAAUGGUAGCUGGCUCAAUGAUAAAAAACAUGGUUGCGGUAUUUUGAGCAAAAUUUCAAAAGAAGACCAUACUAUUCAUCGAUAUUAUAUUGGCCAAUGGGUGGCUGGAAAAAAGCAAGGAUUCGGACAUAACUGGUUCGAAGAUGGUUCUUACUAUGAAGGUGACUUCUGUCGAAAUAAACGACAUGGUUAUGGCCGUAUGUGGCAUUGUAAUGGAGAUUAUUACGAGGGCGCUUGGAAGGAUGAUUUUUACCAUGGCAUGGGAUUGCUCGUUAAAGAAAAUGGCAACAAAUAUGAGGGUCAGUUUAUUAAGGGCAAGAAAGAAGGUUACGGCACAUUUUAUCACAUAAUUACCGGUCAAGAGCAGCGUGGUUUCUGGACAAAUGAUUGGUUUAUAAACGGAACCAUGUCAGAUGCAGAUUUUCGACAAUCUGCAACUCGUCCAACACCAUAUCCUAUUCCGGAACUGAAAGUGAUAACGGAUAUUAACAAUGCUCAAGAUACUUCGGAAACUAUAUAUGAUAACAAAAAGGGGGAAUCCUUUUUCACUGAACCUUUUUGUAAGAGAGCAUCGAAGCGUAUAGUUCCGAAUAUAUGCGUGUCCAUAAACACGUGCCCUUGUUUAAAUUCCGUUUUAUGAACAUAUAUUCUUACAGUUUAAAAUAACACGUAAUACAGAAUGAGUCGAUGUUAUUUGUAUAAUUUAUUCUAGCAAAAGUACUUCAAUUUUGCAUAUAUUUCUUUCUAUCAACAUAUGUAUACACGUAUAAACCGUUUGUUCGCAAUAAAAGCUAUGUACAAUAAUUUAAUUGCCGCUUCUUUAGCGACGGCAGUAAUUUUGUACAGACAGAGACAAUAAGACUGAAAAUUAUUUUGUCUCCGCGUAAAAAGCUUUUCAAACGUUACUUGAGCACGGGACUUAUUAUGUGAAAAGAAAUAAACGAA